CGAGAUAAAUUGAUUUUUUAGGACAAUUAGUCUUUUUUUCCUUCUCGAGCAUCGGAGUUCGUCCCAUGUUCAACUUCAGAACGUACACAACAACCUAAAAAUGAUUUUAAAAGAAUAAAAAUAUCUAAAUCAAAAUUUUCAGUUUUAUAAUAAAAAUGUCGGCCAGCGAUAAGUCAUGGAAUUCAGCACAGCAGAAGGCAGAGGAGUUGCUGGUGUCGGACAGACAAAUCCAAGCGGAUGAGGCUCCAAAAUCCAGACACGACGCCGUGAAGACAAUUCUCCCGAUUUACAUAAAAUACAGAAAUCUAGUUCAACAAUUAGCACAUCUGUACGAUAAAAUGAUCCACAGUCAAAAGAGGGAACAGAUAAAGCGUCUGUUGGACUGCGCCGUGGGGCGGAUGCUGGAGUACAAACGAGAAAUCGUGAAACUGACUUGUUCUGACUAUGAAUGGCCUGACGAUCUCCUGAUACAGAUGAAGUGGACCCCAGAUGACAUUCAGAUCCCGCCGAUUUUCAGUUACACCGCAGAUCGAAAAAAAGAAUUGGAAGAUCGGAAAAAAGUUAUUGAAGAUCUGGUAGACAAAUUAAAUAAUCCCGAACCUGACGUAGACCCUGGCGAUCGCCUCCAGUCAGCAGAAUUCUCAAGUGUUCCCUCCUUAACCCGCGCCCCCUCGAUGGUCCGUCGUCGAAAAUCAAUGAAAUCCAUAAUAACCCCUAACCUCCCCAUCCCCACGGAGCCCGAAGAAGUCAGGAUCGCUCGGGAGAAAGCGGAUGACCUCAAAAAAGCCUUCUCCGACGCCAUUUCCCUGAUCCAGCGUCAUGAGAGGGCGCGAUUGGGUCGGGUAGUUGCCACCACCAUCCAAAGGGAUCGAGAUUACCAGAGGAAGGUGAAGUUUGGUGACAUUGAAUUAAAAAAAUACAAAAGAGAAGUUAAGGAGAGCGCAGCGACGACAAUACAGAGGACCUGGCGGGGUUUCCGGGCGCGGAAGCUCCUCGCGGAGCGCAGGGAGAAGACGGAAAUGUCGAUGGGAAUGAUCCUUCCGAGUCGAACCGACAAAACAGUCUUCGAAGAGGACCUGCGGAAUCAACUGAGGAUUCAAGAACUCCAGGAGGAGUUCAGGACUGCAGUACACGGGACGAUUGCUCGUGAGAGGGAAAAAUAUGGAGAGUCUAAACGCCUCGGUAUCAUCGACGAUAUAUCCGAGGAGAUACGUGCGUGGUUUCAGGAGUGGUUGGUCGCAGUCGGCCAUUUUGAUGUCUAUCCACCUGAGCAAAAUGGCGGAUCGGUGCUGAUCGUCACGGGACAAACUCUGACGCCCGAGGAAUUUCUCGUUAAAAAAUUGGAGGAGAAGGAUAAAGCUGAAAAGGGGAAGAAGGAGAAGGAUAAGAAGGACGAGAAGAAAGGAAGUGAUAAGGAAAAAUCGGAGAAGGAUAAGAAUAAGAGCCAAGAAGAGAAAGGAUGGACUCCGCCGGAGUCGAGGGUCCUCCAGCCGAUGGCUGACGUUCAAAAAGAUUUCCUCGUGAAUUGGAGCUUGCGGGAUGAAAACUUGAGUCAGACCGUGAAUGCGGAUAUCAUCAGGGAAGAAAUACUCUGUGAACUUCAGCUGGAAGCGAGGAAGACUGUGGACGAACUGAUGAGACUAGAGUUGGACCGGAUGAAUGAUGCCCUGAUCAAGGAUCACAAGAACGACGAUCCCAAGUUUCAGUUCCCGGGGAUGAAGAAAGGCAAGAAGAAGAAACAGAAGAAAGAGAAGAAGGGAAAGAAGAAAAAAGAGGAGGAAGUGAUGAACAAGGACGAAGUUGAUGAGAUGUUUCGAGAAUUAGUCGCAGCCGGAAUAAUCAGAAAUUAUCCGGAAGCGAGGCUGGGCGAUUGGUGGGGGGAUCUCUCCUAUCAGAACUUCGAAGCUCAGAGGGAUAGGAAGGAUUAUCAGCACAAAUUGGGAGAGAUAAGGAGUCUGAUCAUGGAGACUUGCGUUCUUCCCUUGGGGUCCAAGGAAGCUCACACUCUCGCACCCUCGUUACGGUCGGUAUGUAUAGCCGGCCUCCCACGAACCGGGAAGACAUUUCUGGCUCACGCUAUUGCCAAUGAGAUCGGCGCUCUCUUACUCGACUUGACCCCGAGUGUUCUAGCAGGACAAUAUGAAGGGAAGGAAAAUGAAAAGAGACUUAUGAAGAUGAUAAAUACAGUCGCUAAGAACUACCCACCUUCCAUUGUCCUCAUUGACGGAGGCGAGAAGCCGUGGUUGAAAAAAAUACCACCGGAAGAGAGAGAGAAUCAGCCCAAGCGGCUCGCCAAACUACUUCCUAAAUUUAUAAAGGGCAUCAAACCCGGUGAUCAAACACUCGUUUUGGGACUGGCAUCCGAGCCUUGGAAAGCGACUAAAAAAUUCUACAAGAUUUACGAAACAUUCAUCACAAUUCCUGUCUCCGAUUACAACUCCGUCUAUCUCUUUUACCAAGAUAUUUUAAUGAAAUAUCAUUAUGUCAGUAGACAUUUUGAUGUCUCGGCGUUGGCUAAGCUUUCAGUGGGUUAUUCUCUCGACGUUAUCCGUGAGGCUGUGGAGAAUGUUCUGAACUUAAGAAGAAGAAUAAGACUGAAGUUCGAUCCUCUGAAGCCGGAAGAGAUUUUGAAGGAGUUGCAGACUAAUCAGACUAUUCCACCGAAAAUGGUUGACGACUUUGCAAAGUUCCCGACGAAGACUCCACUUGGGAGGAAAUGGGGAAAGAUGAUGAAGCAGGAGAGGGCGGCAAUUGAUAAUCCACCGGGGAAGAAAAAAUAAUUCUCAAGGUAUGUUCGGGUCUUAAGGCCCCACAAAAAUAGAUUUCAUCCGCAGAAGUACAAUGAUCAUACUCAAGACAAGUUACUAUAUUAGUCCUGCGUCCACACUCGAGCAAGUUUUUGAGCGACUUACUCGUAAGAAAUAAG